AACGGCCAAUGUAUAUCGUACAAGAAAAAUUACCGGUAUUAAUUGUCAAAUGUUUCUAUCUACAAGAAAAAUUCAACGUUUAUUCUUAUAAUUAUAAAAAAAGUAUUACUACUUCAUCGUAUUUAUUACCUUCUAUGAUUCAUUCGUAUAAAUGCGCCGUAUUUGCAUGAAUAAAUACGAAUUGUGAAAACUUGCAGAUAAUGUACAUAAUAUUUAUGUAUGCGAGUGAGUGCACGAGUAAUGAGUCACGUGUUAAUGAAAAGAAAUAGUGAACCCACAUCACGGACGGAAUUUAGAUGAAUGAUCGGGAAAUAAAUAUGGAACCCGCAUAGCUAUAGCUUCGAGAGAAACUCUUACGAAGAAAAAACGAAAUGUUGUAAUUUUAGAUAGUGGAUUUAUUGCUAGUAAACGGGAGCGGUGAUUCGUGAAAAGGAAGAGCCGUAGGAAGAGACAACCGUGACAGUAACGACGAGAAUCAAUGGGUUAACAUCAGAGAAGACCUAAAAUUAUCUUACUAGAGUGACAUUACUGUGGAAGAAUCAAUCUCCAUGAUGGAGGUGAAGCCGAUACCAAAGCCGCGAUCAGUCAUAACUGAGAGCAGACCGAUACCGGCGCCCCGAAGACUCUUGCCGAUGACCACCUUGCCAUCGACUCAUUCCAGCAGUCCAACCAGCGAAUCGAGUCAAUCCGAGAAGAGUGACGAUUUAAGGUCAACCAGCAGUACCAGCGAAAAUAGUCGCGGCAACCACGAGUUUUUUCGCAGCCUCAGUACGAGCUCGCGUCAAUUGAAGGAUGAGAUCUCAGAGAAGAUGACGGUGAAGGGACGUGCCGUUAUUUCCAGCACGCGAAACGCCAGUAUUCGGUUGGAGAAGUCGGUAAAGAAUUUGUUGACUCGGCGACUAUCAUCUUUGAAUCAGGACGACGUAGUCUGCCAAAGCGGUGUCCAGAAGAAACUCAAAGAUCCAGUUGAGGAGGAUAGAUGCGUGUCCAUGCCAGCUGAUAAUAUCUUUAGCAGCAUCUCAUUUUAUAGUCCUUUGAGCGGCAAUCUGAGAAGCGUGAAGAAUGAGGAGGAUCUAUCCACCGGUGGCAGACACAGCCCGCCGCCUCCAGUUUAUCCGCCACCCCCGCUUCCGGACGAAUCUAUCUACGACGAAUUGCAAUCCGUCACGUCGGGAAGUAGCGACCGAUACGACACACUCAGUUCUACGGUGUCCGACAAGAUCGAGCGAGAUUUUCACGACUUCAAUGUCCUCGGCUUCUCGCGAAAUCAGGCUAGUGAUUCCGACCAAAGUCUAAACUUGUCUGAUGUCAAUGCAAGUCUAUCGCUCGACAAAUCUGAAACGUCUACCAAAAGGCUAUCGAGAUCAGAUUCUUGGACUUUUUAUGACGUCACACCAGGUACGAAAAGCGAGAAUGUCGAUGAAGUGGAUAGGAUAUUCAACGUAGAAGAGGAAAGCUUGGAGAAAUCCUUUGAGAGGAAAAUUUCGCCAGUAGAUCGAACUUCUUGCGCGUCCUUCGAGAGCCAAGCUUCCAUUCAAAAUUCUCUCUAUGAGAAUCUAUCGCCGCCGAAAGCCGAUUGUCGACAAGAACUGACGACGAGUCCUUCGGACACCAGAGUGCAAAGCAGCAAGUCUGUACUUUUUGAGUUCGAUCCAUUCGCGAAGACUUCCGAAGACGAAAACGUUUAUAGUAAUUACGAGAACAACGAUUUGAUGUUGCUUGAGACUUUGUUAGCUACCAACGAUUUGCCUAGUAGUGCUGAUAGUACGUUGGAAUUUCGCGAGAGCGCCGAAGAGGAGCAAGAGGACGAAGAAUUGAUACAUUCUGGUAUCACACCUCCGGAGCCACCCAAGAGAUUUGACUCUCUUCCCAAAAACGAAUAUGAUGUGGCAGAAGGUGUGGAACAACCCGACAAGGUCCAAGCUUCAAGCAAAAAUCCGCCUCUCUUGCCAAAACUGGCGCAUUUGGUGACCAAAAAGCAGCCGGCUGUUCCUCCCAGGAAGCCUCCCAGGUCUUCUAUGAAGGGUCCUCCGCUUCCUCAACCAAAUGCGAAUAUGACUGUGACUACAACGACACUUGCCAAUAAUGAUGAGGAGAAUGUUACCAAUUCUUCUUCGGCGACACCGAGGCUCGCCGAGGACAAUCGCAAAGUGAGCGUGAUACAAAAAUUAAAGAAACUGCGACAGGAGUCCACGGUGCAUGCCAUCAAGCCUAAUGUGAUCAGUUUUGUUAAGAGUGGUAGUAAACUGUUAGCCAGGACUCGCGAACAUAUCGGUGAGUCCGGCUCGAGGUCACUGCGAAUGGAGAGGCCGAAGGUGAACGUUCCGCACAAUCCGGUCACACAUAGGGGAAUAGUAUAUAGGACUGGAAUGGGUAUCGAGAGGGCCAAGGACCUCGUGCCGAGAGCAGCAGUGUUGCUCGAUCGGAAAUUAUCGUUCUACGCUGACAAGAGCAUGUCUACGCUGAAAGAGGUCGUGGAAUUAGAGACAGUACACAGUAUUCAUCUGCUUCAGGAUGUUAACUAUUAUAAUAAAUUUGCAAGCUUACGUCAGUCGUAUUUUAAGGAAGGUGUAACAGGUACUUGGUUCCCAGCUUGGCUUCUCUUACAACAAAGAAUACUGACUUACACAAAAACCUCGGAGUCUGCUGUAAAUUAUGCUGUGAACUUUGAACACGUAGAUCUACGAAAAGCGCGUUGCAUUGUAUUGCGAGAUCAAGAAGGACCAAUUGCUGCGUGCGGGACUGUUCCAAUAGUCGUUGUAGAUGCUGGAGGUAGUGGCGCCUUGCAUAUUGCCACAUCGGGAACCCACGAAUCGACUGCGUGGCGACAUGCGCUUUAUCAAGCAGCUACGAACUGCGGCCCUGCUUUAGACCAACAACAAAUUACGCAGGACAACGUGCCUGUCAUCUUGGACAAAUGCAUCAACUUUAUCUAUGCCCAUGGUAUGAUGACGGAAGGUAUUUAUCGUCGUAGUGGAUCAAGCAGUGCCGUCGUAAAAUUAUUAGAGGCUUUCAGACGAGAUGCAUGGGCAACACAAAUAACACGAAAUGUUUACUCGGAACAUGACGUCGCCACGGUUCUUAGAAGAUUUCUUCGAGAUUUACCGGAAUCAUUGUUUCCUCCUAAUAUACAUGACCGACUCUGCCUUGCCUCAGAAUCGACUAGUGAAGAAAACAGAAUAGCGACUUAUCGAAAAUUAUUGUCCACUCUAAAUCCCAUAACAUCGGCGACGCUUCGUCGGAUCCUAGCGCAUCUUCAUGGCCUCAGUCAGCAGAGUGCCAGGAAUCUAAUGACCGUCGAAAAUCUUUCGGCAGUCUGGGGUCCAACUUUGAUGCAUGCCGGCGAAAACAGUGCCGAGGAAUGGAAUCGGACGGAGAUCAAGGUCAUCGGUGAUCUCAUCAAACUAUAUCCGAAACUUUACCAAUUGUCGUCGGCUGAUUUGGCCAAGGAAGCGAAAAUGCUGGAGAUUCUGGAAAAACAUCAUGUAUCCAAUAAUGGAUUACGAGGUGCACCCUCAGGAGAUCUCAAGAUCUGGAUAUACAUCCUUUCACCAAAUGGAGAGUGUGUGAAUGUUACAAUCGGACCUCAGAAGACCGCAUUCGAUGUGUGUCGAGAACUCGCUGAGAAAACCAACUUACCGUCUCACGAACUGUGUUUAGAGGAAUAUACUCUGUCCGGCGCGCUGGAGCGACCGUUGCAUCAUAACGAACGUGUCUUGGAAGCAGUGGCGAGAUGGGGAUACUGGGACUCGGAUGAUAGAAAGGAUAAUGUCCUCAUUCUCAGAAAAGACCGAUUAUACAAGGACAUCGUGCCUCUGGUAAAGCCGCCUAUGACGAUCUCCGGCGAACUUAAAUUUGCGGACAUCAAGACAAAGAAUCUGAAAACUUACCUCUUCGAAUUCAGCCAGGCGAAGCUUUUUUGUUAUAAGGAUAAGGUGUGCUCCGUGAAACUUCAUGAAUGGAAGAUAGAAGACAUCAUUUGGUACUUGGGACAUGAGCCUAAACGCAAUCCACAAAUGGGCUGGUCUCUCACGUUUAUCACAAAAAAUAAAAAGCCAACGAGAUGUAAGGACAGUCCAUAUUUCGGGAAUAUUUUGGCGGGCACGUCCAAAGACGAGCAGUAUAAAUGGUUAGCGGCUAUGCUUUUCGGGGAAUACCAAUUAAAUCUUCGGGCUUCCGCAGUGAAUCUUAUGGAUCCAUGAUCGAUUAAAGCCGAUUGAAUUAUAAGCCACUUAGUGCCUCCAAAGUGAUCGAUAAUAAGUGAUACUUUCUUCUAUUAAAUCGCGAUUCUGAACAAAUAUGUGUACAUUAUAGUGUCGAUUAAAAGAACUGAUUAGCUUAAUAUUUUAUAGUUUACAAUUUUAUAGAUUUUUUUGAGUAUAUAGUAUACACACACACACUAAAAGUCUGAUCUCGUCUAACAAACGCUUAUGUAAAUUGAAUUAUCCUGUUACGAACCUAUCGAUUAGUGUGGCCAAGUAGAAACAUCGUCGUAAUUACGAUUGUGAAUCAAUGAUGCUGUAAAAAUCUAUAAUUAAUCAACAGGGAUGUUAAUUAUCAUAUCAUGAGACGAAUUAUAGAAUAACAUGCCAUUUUUAGAAAAAUAAAAUUAACGAAAGAUAUGAAA